CUCGCGAGGACACGGCAGGUGGUGACGAGGAUGAGGACGACGAAGAGGAAGAAGAUGACGAGCGUUUUUUAUCGGUUCAAAAUGGUUUGAUUCCCGAUUUCAUGGCGAAACGAACGCAAGAGUUGCACCCGAGGUCGAUGUUCCGUGUCCGCUCAGCCAUUCCUCACCUUAAGGCAACGCAGACUGCAUCCUCAGCGUCAUCCUUGGUCCACUUUUCAAGUAGAAAAAGGGCACAAGAAAGAUGGUCUCCGCAGGGAUGCCCGCCCACGCGUUAGCUCUAAGCAACAUUUGAGGUCUGGAGUUUACCUGAAUUUUGGUGCUGGCGACUGUAAUACCAUCAAAGAGCCAGGUUUUCGUCUCACGAACCCGGAGUCCGGGGUCUCAUCACUAUUGGCCGAAGAAGAGCGUUGGGCAGAGACGUUGGUGGCUUUGGUGCAGGUGAAUUUGGACAAACUGAGCGACUUUUUUGAAACGGAAACUGUGGAGGAGAUGGAACUACAAAUACAUGAACAGGAACAAAACGAAAACGGAUCUCCUUCUCCACUAGUAGAACAUCUCCAAAGACGAAAUAGAAAAAAUAUGGCUUAUCUCUAUAAUGGGAGAGUGCCGGAUGUUUUAGUAGGACCAAGAAGUAGAGCGAAAGUACAAGGACCCUCUAGCGGCUACGAUGAGCAUCCCGUUGCUACGGCUCUGCGGAAGAUUCUGAGGGCAUUCGAACAUAUCAUCUUAAAGUUAAAUGGUCCGCUUUUAUCCAUCUUUCUCGGCAACAUCUUGGUACCCUUUUGCUCUGUAUUCUCAUGAAAUACAAGGGCAAAGGGGUCAAGAUGAGGGGGCCGAGAUGAAUAAGCGCCGACGCUUUAAGAGAGGGAACAGCUGACGAUGACGGUCGUACUAAAACUAAUAUUGAACACGACCCACGUCUACCUUCACUGCGUUUGCGCAACAAUGCUGGUAAGACGGAGCAUUUCAGUGUUUACUUCGAUGAUGAGAUGGCGGAGCAAAUGGAGGGAGAGGCCACGAAAGGUGCGACGUACGAUCGUAAUAGGGCUGCCGCUGAAGCAUCCUCAGCACCAACUAUCCUCCUGGCUGGUUUUCUACUUGAAAAUGAAGCCAAGGAUGCUCUGAGGGAUGCGCACGCGGUAGCUCUAAAAAUCGUCCACCAUCUAGCACCCCUGGCCAUGGUCUGCUUGAAAUGACCUUGCAACUCCUCGAAAUCGGCGGACUAGUUACUUACGAUCACGAUCCGGAGAUGGGGAGAAGACGGUUGCUUUCGACCUCCUCGAAGCACGAGAGCCUUUGGGCAAGACACUUGCUGGGCCUGAGGAGAAGGAAAUAUUCUUUCCUGGUAGAAGAAGAGGGUGGUGAGAAUCAGAAUACUGGAGAUGGUGCAACUUCUGUUAAGUUUAAGGGACACACAGAAGCAGAAUUUGCACUACUGCGACCACGACCGCCAGCUGUAGAAAAUAUAGAAGUAGAGACGAAUCCGAAUAUGGAAGAGGCUUCUGGUGUAACCGCUACAAUUAGAGGAAAGAUCGAACAUUUUUGGUACAAGGUUCUCCUGCCUGGUGUGGCUGCACGGUUUCGCAUGGCACGAAAGGAAGCUGAAGCGGUAACGACACCUGCGCUGGACCGUGGCUUUGCCUGGGAGUUUCUAGAGAGUAGAGCAGAGGAAUGCAGGAAUAGGAAAAUUCCAGGUCUAAAACUGAAAAGCGGCGUUGGUGUUACGCCAGAUAACAUCGAGCGAUUGCUCCAGGAAACAGGGCUUUUUGGGACGACUCAUACGAAGGAGCAUGAAGCCGAAGCUCCGUCUGCAGGGCUUUCGGGCACGACUCAUACGAAGGAGCAGGAGGAGCAUGAAAAAAAUCAUAAUCACGCAUCACUUCCACAUGAAAAGGAAAAUAGUCAUCAAUAUGGCGUCGUCGAAGCCGAAGCCGAAGCCCCGUGUGCAUCCACCAUGCCUCCACUCUCUGGCCUCACUUCAAGCCCACUCCCCCACGGACAUCCUACUCCUGCGGUUACCUUAGCCAGGAAAGAAAAAGAACACGCGAAAAUAGCACAAGCGUUGAGGCCAUUGUUGAAGCAAAGCGAAUAUGAGACAGCUCUUGCUAGAAGAGCAGUGCUGCGACAAGGUUAAGGUUAUACUGCUGGAGCAUCCUCAGCACCAUCCUUGGCCUUUUUUCACUUGAAAAGCGGACCAAGGGUGCACUCAAGGAUGCUAACGCGGUACCUCUAGCUCUAAAGAUCAGUCCGACAUCCAGUCCGACAUCAAGUGCAUGAAGCCUCCAUCUUCAAGGACGACCUCGACAUCAACGGCAAGAUAAUUGAGUUCGUUUUUAUCGACAUUGAUUCCUGGGAUUACGAAAUUUUGAAGGCAAUACACCAAAAAACGCUGGAGAAUGACAUCAGGGUUCUUGUUUACCACGUAGAAAUCGCUACACACUUUCCACCGCCAUUCCGAUAUGCGAGUUUGUAUCCUAGAGGUACUAGAGCUGCAGAAGGAGCUUCUGGGGGUGGUAGAGGUGGGGGUGAAAAGGUAGUUAGAGCAGGAGGAGCCACUGGUGGAGGUCAUGGUAGAAGUAGUACUUCUCAAUUUGAAGUAGACCGCGGCCAAGAAAUCAACAGUCUGCGUCUAGAGUUGGCAAAGAUGCACGACAAGGGCUUGGAUAGGAGUGCCAGGAUCAAAGUGGAAAUGAGGCUGAACGAACUGGAACAAUUAAGGUUUUCCGCGUUACAUCCUCCAGUAUAACAUCGUCAUCCUUGGCCACUUAUCCUCCAGUAUAACAUCGUCAGCCUUGACCACUUUUGUUUACAGUGGAAACUACAUUCAUUCUCGAUGAUGUUCUGAAGAAUGUAAUGCUGCAGGAGCCUUUAAAACAAGCAAAUCUGCAAGAAGAGUCCUCCUCCUUCGGUGUUUUCUCCUCCGAUCUCGAUCAACUACCGCAUUCUCAAGUAGAAGAGUCCCAAGUAGAAGAGUCUCCUCGACAACAACAAGAUUAUCCACAAGACUCCAACUCAGCUUUCCUAGGUUCUCUUCCUGGUGCCGGUGGGCAUCCAUUCUUCGUAGGUAUGUCGCUUCAAGCGGCAGCGGAUCUUCUCUUUCCCACGCACACGUUGCUUUCUAUAUUACGGCUUGAAGGAUCUAUCUCUAACUCUAUGUAUUUUCAAUUCACCAUCCAUGAAAAUAAAUUCUCUAACUCUAUUUUCAAUUCACCAUCCAUGAAUCGAAAACGGAAACUGAGUGUCCUCUUCGGGAUUUGGAUUUCCCACAGUGUCCAGAUAAGGAUAUUAAUGGGAAAACGCGUUCAAGAUCAAGAUGUACUCUCUUAGAGUAUCCCCCACCCAGAACGAUGGUCGAUGGAUUUCCCUUUCCGUGAGCUGGAGCUCUAAUAAGAGGUGGUAUAGACGCUAUUUUCGUCCACAACGACAUUCUACCGUACAUUAAUCGGCAUUACGUUAAGGCUACCGCUGACGCAUCCUCAGAACCAUCCUCGGACCUUUUUCUACUCGAAAAAGAAGCCAGGGAUGCGCUCAGGGAUGCGAACGCGGUGCUUCUAAUUACGGCACGACAUUGCCACUGCUUCCCGUUCUCCACUGUUGGGCAAACAGUAAAAUUUGGUUUCCGUUCGUUCCUGAAUUCGUCGCAGAGUGGGCGUUCAAUCCAAGCUUUGGACUAAAGGAAAAAAUGAAUCUGAUAGCAGGAAAUAUGACCAUGUGUGACGAAUUUGACAGCUUGAACGGGGUGAGGAAAAUCACUGGGAAGAAAGAAAAAAGCAUGAGAUUUAUGCUGGAAGUAUGAGAUUUAUGCUGCAGAUAUCACAAUGAGAUGGAGAUAGUGAUGAGUAGCUGUGAAGAUGGUAAUGGUGUUGGUGCGUUGUAGAUGCAUCAAGUUCAUCUGAUUCACAAGUUCUUGAAUGAAUCUAGAAGUCGGUACGACAUCAACAUGGCAAAUGUAACUCGAACCGAGGAGGUCGCUCGUCCACCAGCGCAGCAAGGCGACAAGCGCGAAGGCUAUGUCACUCACGAGGUCGCAAGAUAAUAUCGCGAAGUCUACUUAUGUUAAUGUUAUACUAAUGCGUAGUUGAUCUCCUGUUCCCUCGCCGGAGCAAUUCUUCGCGCGGGCUACAGCUACAGUGGCCGUCAUCUGUCGUUUUUGUUCGUUGUCUUUGUCAUGGUCGUCUGUCCAGUGAGAUGCUAAGAAGGCACAUUUUGAUCGAGCGACAUUGUCUCGGUUCUUUAUCUUCUUCGUUCACCGACAAUCGUGUUACAGAGGCCGCGGAGCCGAGUGGGAAGAGACUGAUUGCACUUCAAAAGGCAAUCUUGGGACCAUGCUGCUUUCGGUCGUCGUCGGAGGAUUCGGUCGCACUGUUUGGAAUAACCUGCUAAAGUGUAAAUAAAUACUUACACUGUUAUUUUAAUGAGAAGUACUUGCUACUUGUAACUCCCGCCCGCCACCGUCUCGAAUUUCAAAAA